AUGGACCCGGCAAGGUCUGGGAGCACGAACCAACUUCGAACAGCCCUUGUUCUUGCACUUCUCUCCAAGGCGGCCUGGGCCAUGUCUUACCUGCUAGCCCGUGACGAGUUGGAACACUGGGGCUUACAAAACCGCUUGCUUCAGAUUCAAGUGCUUAGUAAGAUAGAGGCUCUAAGGCCGUCGCAGCCGAGCGCUGGCAUCAGCAGCGAGCCCUCCCAAGGAGAGCAGCUACACCAGGCUGACAGCUUCAUGGACCUGUCGCAGUGCUGGAUACCGCCUCCAGCGCCCUUCCUCGAGAUUGGUGGGCCAUCCGACAUACAGGAGCCCGAUCCGGAGCUUGAGCCCCUGAGUGAAGUGUCCAUGGGCGCCUUGGUCACGGAGAGCUUCCUGGCAGGACUGGAGGAAGAUCUCCGACAGUCCGAGGCAGCCGAGGCUUCGCAGCCGCCGUGCAAGCGACAGAGGCUUGAGAGCAAGGCGAGUCCGUGA